AUGGCAGCUGAAACUGGGAUACCCUCUGUUUAUUUGGAACACCAAUUAUCGCACGGUCGAGCCCCAAAGAAAACUCAGGGAUCAGUAAUUGAGAAGCUUCGUCACAGAAAUUCCCAGACGCGGUCAUGGAGUGACAGUAUAAAGUCUGUGCGGAGUUUUGUGACGGAACGAAGAACACAGCCAGAGAAAACAGAAGCUUCUGGAGUACAGCAGUGCUUGGAUACUUUACAGAAAGCCAUGAAAGUGAUAUCCCAAGAAACGUUGAAAGAGAGGCUGGAUUUGAUAGGGAGGCAGUUGGGUCUGAAUACUGAAGUUCAGGAUCAGAAAGUUUCAUUAGGUACCGAUGUGUUUCAUGUGGAAGUUCUGCUAGGAGAUGAGGGUACAAUAGCAAGCGUGAAGCUGGCCAAUCAAGGAGAAGUUGUGGAGUGUCCUGCCCUUAGGGAAAUUUUGAUGAAGGGAGAUUUUGCAGAGUUUGUUGAGCACCUACAAGGUCUUCAGAGCAUUUAUCAAGUCACUGAUGAUGAGAAACUCCAAUCAAAAGCAUUUUUGGCCCUUCAGGCCCUGGAAAAAGAUCUUAAUCAGCUCGCCCAAUUUCAAAGUUCUAUUAGUGGUGUUGCCAACUACAUUCACAAGUGCCCCCUUGGAAUUAUGUUACCUCGAUUGGCUGGAAAACCCAUGAAGUUGAUAUACUUUGUGUCCCCGUAUGAUCUGCUGGACAAAAAGUCAUUGACAGCACAUCCUUUGACUGUAGAAGCCAUUACUGAAAACUUUUUGGGUCAGAGUGUCACCGUCUGUAUUGAGUCAGUCCCUGAUCAUGCCCCUGCCAACAAACUCCAGACAAUGCCAUUGAUGAACGUCAGCAAAACACAGGAUGGCAAGAGCUUGCCUUCCUUUUCUGCUGUCAGUAAAAUCAACAGCAUGUUGUUGCCGGCCAGCUUUGUCCUUGUUCUACCUCAGAGUAUACCAGUGUCCCUGUACAUCCUGCAGAAAAUCACCUCUCAGACAGGUUUGGAAAUCCACACAGAAGCAGAGCCUCAUAGUUUGUGCUCUCUCAUACUGGAAGCCUUUUCAAGAGGCACAAUCAAAGAAUGUAGAGAGUUAUAUGUUUCACUGCCCGACCAGCAACACAUAUACUUCCUGGAUAGCCUCAAUGGCAGUUCUCCAGACCAGCAGGGAGUGAUGGUCUCUCGCAUCCCCUUCACCCAUCCCACCCACGUGCCACAGAUCCUCAACCUGAUGAGACAGCAGCUGCUCUUUAAUAUUGUCAUUGCCAGCUGUAUCAGGCCAGAAGCUAGGAAGGAUCAUGUCAAUAGUAUUGUGUUUGAGGUGACAGCUGUCUCCUUACAGCAGCUGACCAUUGUCUUUGAGCAUCCUGCCUACGACUCCAUGGUUACAGGUAUA